AGUCCAGUACUUCAUUAUACUCGUAUACAAUGAAAAAUUUCCACUUCCUGUUUAUCAGUUGGCAAUCAUUGUUUUAAAGGUAUGCCUGCGUGCUAGAAAUCUACUGUUGUUUCUAGCUUCGUCUUGCUAUUAUUUACGCCUUCUCUAUGAUUGAACAGGGCAAUUAAUCUAAAUUAUUCUAUGAAUUUCCUACUUCUUCGCUCCUCAGAUCCCAAUUAUCCUAUUGUUUAAAGAAUUGAGAUUCAAAAAAUUCUCAUUGCCAGGUCUUUAAAAUAUUGCACUCUGAGUUACAUCAAAAUGUACAUUUAGCGCUGUCUGGUAUCAUCUACGUGUCAAGAUUAACUAUCUUCCUCCACUCUUAAGGUAUAUUCAACAAAUCGAGAAGCUUAAAGUUAGAUGAGGUUUUACUCUCUGUGAAUUAUACAUCAGCAUGUCGUCAGCUUUCAAUGAGAAACAUGUUGGAAUGAAGAUUGGUGCAGACUUUAUUCUUCUUUUAGUGGUUUCCGUUCCAAUUAUGUUAUUUUAUGGUGUAUUAACGCCCUACAAUAGAGGAUACUUCUGCAACGACGAUAGCAUUCGUUAUCCUUACAAGGAAUCGACAAUCAGCGAUCGUAUGCUGUACACAAUUGGAACUUCAGUUGGAGUUAUUGUGAUUGCACUCACAGAAUCACUUCGAAAUUCUGAAAAUGAUGAUUAUGAUAAUUGGCUUAUUCACAGAUGGAAAAUACCCAACGUUCUGCGUAACAUCUAUUCCUACUGCAAUGCAUUUUUAUUUGGUGCUUGCCUUACUGAACUAACCACUGAUAUCCUCAAGUUCACAGUUGGAAGAUUGAGGCCAAACUUCAUUGAUGUUUGCGGACCCAACUUUGACUGCAAUUCUACUAAUGAGAAGCACCAAUAUGUAGAAGAUUAUAUAUGCACUGGCACCGAUUAUGAUAAAAUCAUAGAUGGCAGAAUAUCCUUUCCGUCAGGACACUCAUCUUUCGCUACUUAUACAAUGCUAUUUACAGCAAUUUAUCUACAGAAACGGAUGGCAUGUAAAUUCAGCAGUCUUUUUAAGUUUUCCCUUCAGUACAUACUGAUGUUAGUUGCUUUGUUAACUUCACUUUCUCGCAUCCUCGAUAAUAAGCAUCACUGGAGUGAUGUACUAUUUGGCUUUGUUUUGGGAGUUCUCAUUUGCCUUUUGACGGUAUUUUGUCUCUCUGAUUUGUUACGAAAAUCGUUCUUAAGAAGAAAAAAUUUUGGAACUGAACUGGAUUGUAAAGCUGAUGUUGAAAUAGCAACUCAUAAUUUAGGAAAUGUUAAAAAAUAGUUUUUCACUGUCUGAAAGUUGUAUGAGCGUAUCACAUGCAUAAUUUUCUAUUUAAUAACCUCUUCUUGUUCUUUUACAUUAUUGAUAUAAAUGUAUAAUAAAUGUAUACAACAGCUAAAA